AUGAACGUAGAGGGUCGUUCAAGAAUUGUGGAUGAGAUGGAUAAGUGUCUUCAUAACAUCAAAAGAAGACGCACACCAACUUACUUUACUGGCAGUCAGCGUGAGAUAUUGGAAGCUCACUUUGAGCAUGACAACUUUCCAGAGCCCGGUGAACAGAUGGCCAUUGCAAAUCAUCUUGGUGUUGAUUAUGCUGUUGUAAAAACCUGGUUCCAAAAUACUCGCAAAAACUUCCGCAAACAGCUUAAGGAAGAGAAUAAUUAUGAAGAUGAUGGACCCUUCCAUUGCCAGAAGUGUAAUGUGUCAUUUAUUGCUCGUACAACUUUGAAUGAACACUAUGAAAUGCAUGAUGUUCAAACUGAUUAUAAGUGCAAGGAGUGCAGUGUCCAUUUUUCUCAUCCUGCAGUUUACAAUACUCACAUGAUGAAACAUCUUAUUAAAAAUUCAGACAACAAAAAGAAAAAGUAUGGUGUGAUUCCUACUCAAGUGGCUUCUAGUCAGACAGAGACUUCAACCUAUGAAGGAGACAAUGAGGAGUGCAGUGACACUGAUUCGCUAGAAGACAAUGAGGUAGAUCCUGUGGGAGGAGAGGAAGAAGAUCAAGAGUCUGAGAGACCUGAUGACUAUACUGAAGAUGGAGAAGAUUAUCAUCCUAUAAUGGCUGUUGAAUGUAUUCUUGACAACUCAUCAGGAGAAGAUGAUACUCAGUCACCAAAUGAAUCACCAGGGAAAUGUGUUGGCCAUACCUGCAUGUCCUGUGGAGAAAGUUUUGCCUCAUUAAUUGCUUUGAAAGAGCAUGAUUCACUUCACUGUUGCCAUAAAAAAGUUAUAUUGAAACCGGGACAAUGGAGAAGGAGGAGGAGAAUCAAAGGAAAACGAAAGUAUAAAGUGGGAAAUGACAUUAGAUGUUUUGAAUGUCAGUUUGUCUUCCCUGAUAGAGUGUCCUACUUAGAACAUUUUAACUCAAGCAAUUGCAAUGUUGGAAGACAAAGGAUAGAAUACACUGAUGAGGAGCAAAAGGUCUUGAUCACUCACUAUGAGGGAAAUAAUUUUCCUAUGCCCUCUGAGAUGAGCCUUCUUGCCAGACGGUUGGGUGUGCGUUACAGGCAGAUAAUGCACUGGUUUCAGAAUAGGAGAAGUAAGGAAAGAAAACAACAGAGAUUUGAAAACAAAUAUCCUCCGGUAGAAUGCCAGAAUUGCAAGGCCUCCUUUGUCACUUAUGCAAACUUAGAGAAACACCAGGAGUUGGUGCACGGACAGGUCACAAGUCCAUUGUCAGAAUUUUCAUGUUCAUCCCCUGGCUGUAGUGCACUCUUUCCCAAUGCAGACCUCCUACUGACCCAUCAACUAGCCCAUCAGAUUGACAGUGAUGCUGCAAAUGUUGACAAGGAGAGUGGUGGUCACAAGUUACCCACUGUGGGUCAGAGUCCCCUUUGGAAGAACUUCACUCUCUUAGAAGCACACUACAGUGAAAACAACUUCCCUGAUCCUAUGGAUAUAGGAUUUAUUGCUCGUAGGUUGGAGGUAGACCCACUUCAUAUCCACAUGUGGUUCAAGGAGCGAAGAAAUCAGCACAUUCGAAAGUUAGAAGAAAGUGGUCGAGAGGUAAUGGGGGGCGAGGUGGCUGUAAGUACUCAGAGGGCCAUGAGCAAGGUUUGCGGCACAUGUGAUGCUGCUUUUAUCUGCCAGACAGACCUUGAUACACAUGAAGAAAUGCACAAGUCUUCAUGGGCACAGGUGUGCAGCAUGUGUGGCAUGGAAUACAGCAAUGUUGUGGCCUUAGAAACUCACUGGAUCCGCCAUGGUAUAGAAGUAUCUCGUGAAGGUGAACAGACUCCGGAAUCUAAGCCUGAGAAAACUUCAAAGGCAUCUUUUACAAACACACAGUUACGGAUUCUUGAUACUCACUAUGAACACAAUAACUUCCCUGGAGCUACAGAGGUGUGGCUUGUAGCAAAACGACUAAGGCUCCGACCAAAGCAAGUCACACAUUGGUUCCAAAAUAAGAGAGGUAGAGACCGUAGAGUGCAGGGUAUAAGUGCUCCUUAUUCACGUACUUGUCCUCUUUGUGGAGCAGCAUUUAUAUGUGAACUAUUUCUUAACAACCAUAAAAAGAUUCAUAAAAUAAACAGUAGAUACCCAUGCACAGAAUGUGGGGCCAUAUUCCUGUCACCAGUAUUGCAGGAAACUCACCUGCUAUACCACAAUGUCAUUCCUAAAGCAAUGAUUCCUUUCCGGAGAACUCAAAGCGGUACAAAAGACCCAUUAACAGAAGGGCAGGCAAAAAAUGCAGAUAAUUGUGAGUUAGAAGAUUCAGACUCCAGUGAACCCGAACUCAUUAUUGCAGACUCGGAGAACUUUGACUUAUCUUUUGAUAAUUCAAAAGAUAAAGAGGACUCAACUAAAGUUGAUGACCAGAUCCAGACAGAAAGUCUUGAAGAAACUGAGAGCAUUGAGAAAAUCCAAAUUGAAACAUCUGAUCUGGAAAACAGAAAACAUAAUCCAAGAAUGAUUGGUGAGGAAGUCUUCUUUGAUGAUAAUACAGACAGUGAAGAUGAUGAUGAUGAUGAUGAACCAAGAUUGAAAAUAGUGAGUGCCUACACUAUUUCUGCAGAUAUAGAAGAUCAUGAAUUAGAGACAGAGUAGUAAUAAUCAGAUGUAAUAGAAAUAAUGUAGGACAUGGUUAAUCAUUGAUGGUAGUCAAAUAUGUUUUGCAGACCUAUCAUAAACGUUUCCAACUUUGCUACCAGUGCAGUUCUUGUCAGUUGUCCAUUUCUCAUUAGUGGCUUCCUGUUACUUAGAUUAAAGAGUUAAAAUAUGUACAAUGGGAGAGUGGCUUGGAAACUAUAUUCAUUUAUAUAGGGCAUACUGUCUCAGAACUUCUGAUGAUAAAUGUGUUCAAGAAGCAAACAUUAAACUCAAAUGCAUAUAUAUGUG